GUGUAAUCAGUUCUCUAUGUUUUUUAAGUAAGAGAAAAAUUCGAGAAAAAAACUACGAAAGUUAAUUUAAUUUAAAUUUAAACAAAUAGUGUCUCCAAAAUCUGUAAAAGAUUAGAAAUGAGUGACCAAACGAUUACGAUUAUAGCAUAAAAAUAAUAAACAAGGGAAUGUGGAAAAAGAUUCACGAAACAAUGUCCGAGAAUCAAAAUAACCACUAUAAAGAUCGCAAUCAACCAUCUCCAAUAUAUUAUCAACCGCCAGCGCCAUGGUCAAGCAACGAAAAAAAUAAUCCACAUCGUUCAUCGGCAAAUGUAAAUCGAAACACUAUGGGACCACCCAAUAGGUUUGUAAAUAAUUCGCCAGUAUUCGGUGUAAAUUUGAGAGGAACUAGAGGUGCAUAUUUACAACAUUCAAGAUCACCAACACCAAUAUCCACAGCACAACCACAACACUGUUACCGACCCAUUCAAUCACCACUAACAGUGGGAUUUUCUGGUCCAAGACCAUAUCGGGCACCAUCCUUUAGUCCAGUUUCAAACACAAAUAAUCAACCAGAAUAUGUCUAUAGCUCAGUGAGACCAUUGCAGCCACCAUCACCAUUUGAGUUAGCACCUCCACCAUAUGAAUAUAUAUGCGUUCCAUUGGAACAUCCACAUCAUAGUCAAUAUGUUAUUUAUGAUGAUGGAGAUGAAAAUACACUUUCAACAGCCGAAAUUAUUCAAAGACAAUCACAAGAUUACGUUGACGAACAACUGGCACAAUUUGAGAUGAUGACAAUUGCAAAAUUGCAAGAGGAGCAAGAACGAGUGCAAAAGAAGACUUUUGUAAACUGGAUCAAUUCUCAUUUAUCCAAACGAAUACCACCACUUCGAAUCGAUGAUUUGAUCCACGAUUUGCGUGAUGGAACUAAGUUGUUGGCAUUAUUAGAAGUUUUGUCCGGCGAAAAACUGCCUGUGGAGAAGGGCAGAGUAUUACGCCGACCACAUUUUCUUAGUAAUGCAAAUACAGCUUUACAGUUUUUAGCUAGUAAACGAAUAAAACUAGUCAACAUCAAUCCAGCAGAUUUGGUGGAUGGGAGACCCCCAGUUGUGUUGGGAUUGAUUUGGACUAUUAUUCUUUACUUCCAACUUCAUAGGCAACAUAUUACUGUAGAUUUGGAGAAAUGGUGGUGUUGGAUUGAAGAAAAUAGCAGAGCUUUGGAAUACUUGGGACAUGGCAUUAGUGGCUCUGUUAGCUCUUUGGAUAGUGCAGCAGCCAUUAGUUCACCAACGGUUCUAUCAAGCGAUGUUAAAGCUGAAAAAUGGAAACAAGGAGCCAGAAAAACCUUACUUAAUUGGGUAUCGAAUGCAUUACCAAAGGAUAUCGGUGUCGAAGUGCGCGAUUUUGGUCCAAGUUGGAGAGAUGGAGUGGCUUUCUUGGCAUUAAUCGAUUCAAUAAAAACAAAUUUGAUAAAUCUAGCAGAGAUGCGAAAAUCAUCGACCACAAAUAAACAGCGAUUGAAUACUGCUUUCGAUGUAGCUGAAAAUAAAUUGGGAAUUGCACGUCUAUUAGACGCAGAUGAUGUGGAUGUUCCCAAACCCGAACAGAAAAGUAUCAUGACUUACGUUGCUCAGUUCUUGCAUAAAUAUCCUGAACCAAAGGGUAUUUCACGCGGAGGAGCAUCAACUUUACAAGAAGAAUACGACGAAUUCGUACAUUGGUUGCAAUCACGGACAUCACAUUUCGAACAUCUUAUUCAAAGUCAAUCACUGUCGAUUGAUUUUGCCGAUUAUCUAGUUGCAAAAGCAGAUGUUGAUGCGCGUUCGAACCUUUUCAAUAAAUUAAAAAAUUUAGUAACAACUCAUCAUAACAUUGCUGCUUUGACACAAGCUUCUUGGGAAAAUAUUAAUAAGCUAUGGAACCAGCACGAAUUUCAAUUACAGUAUUGGCUUUGGUUGCUUGAUUCAAACUUGCCAGGUGAUUUUGCCCUAGUAGGAAAAUGGUUGGCUGAAGCAGAAAAAUUACUAUUCUAUGAUGAAAUACCAACAACUAUGAAUGAAGAAACUGCUGCAAUUAUCAGUAAAAAACUUGAAGAACAUAAAAAAUUCUUUGGCAAUUAUGACCAGAUAAAAGAGUUAUUUUUCCGAGUGAAACAAUCCUCUUCAUUGACCACUAAAAUACCAUUUGAACAACUAAAAAAUAUUGAACAACGCCUAUGUGAAGUUGGACCUAAAGCACAUCAGCGACGCCUCAAUUUGAAAUUUUUGGAACAUAAAUGUUGCAUUAUUGCCUUUUUGAAUUUAAUUGAAAAUAAACUUCGAUUAUGGAGUGGUAAAUUUGGACGUGAAGAUAGAUCAAAGCAAAUGCUUCAACAAUAUAAUGAUUUCAUACAUAAGAAUAUGGUAUUUGAGGAAUUUGAAAAGGCUUUUGUUGAUAUGAAGCAUGUUGUUGAAGAAUGUAGACGUGAUGGUAAUUUAACACGACAAGAUAAUUACGAUAUCGAAAAAUUUAUGCAUGAUACUGAAGAUCGGUGGAAGAGAGUAUCACGUGAUCUAAAAUGCUGUCAAAAUAUAUUGGGAGAAGUUGUAGCAAACUGGCAUAGAUGGAAUUCUUGCUCAGAUGAAUUCGAAGGAUGGCUGUGUUUAGCGGAAGAUAAAAUACGUGCCUCCGAAGAUGAAAGAUUAGAGUUUUUCCAAGAUAUUAGCCUAUGGAAGAAUAAAUAUCAAGAAAUGCACGACAUAGUUAAUUUUCUCAUUGCAAUUUGUGAACCAGAAAUUGUCAAUGAGCUACGUGAUAAAUUUCAACAAUUAACUCUUCGUUUCGAUAAAAUAUAUGCAAGCACAAAACAAUAUGUGCAUUCAAGCGAUAUUUUACGUAAUAAACAAGAAUAUCGACAAUCAUCCGAAAAACUCGCCGCAUGGUUGAACAAAGCAGAGUCACUAUUGUCAAAGCAAAUUCCAUGCACAACAAAAUCGAUUGCAGAUCACAGUACUCAAAUCCAAUCUUUAGCCACUGAAAUCGAUGAUGUUGAGGAACUAUUCAAACAAAUAAGUAAAAUGAUACAGUCACUUUUACCUGAUAUGUCUCGUUCUGAAGUGGAAAAUAUGAUGAGUUCUCUGAAACAACAAAAAGAACAAUUGGUUCGAGUUCGAGCACAAAUUCCCAAUAAAUUACAUCUUUUCCACCAAUUGUAUACGCAACAAGAGUCACUUGAACAAGGACAAAAAGAUGUGCAUAACUGGUUAAAUGAAGCUGAAAAAUUACUUCAAUCAUAUUCACUUACGGCUAAUCGUGAGAAGCUACAAGAACAGUUGGACAAACAUCGUGAAUUUUUUUCACGAAUACUUUAUUAUCGAUCAAUGGUUGAUACCAAAAAUAAUGUUUUGCAAAAUCUAUUAAAAUUUGACUCAACCGAAAAGUUAUUGGAUGCAUCAGAAAUUCAACAGCAAAUGGGCCAGCUGAACGACCGUUUCAAUUAUGUGAUUCAAAAUGCACAGCAAUGGGAACAACGUUUACAAGACGCUGAUAAUUGUUGGGAACAUUUCCGUGAAGAUGAACGCAUUGUCGCUGAUUGGAUUUACAAAGCUGAAGUCUAUCUCACAGAAAGACAUAUUCAAUCUGCAAAAAUAAUUGAAGAGCGAAAAACAUUCUUUGAAAAUGUAAACACCGUUUGGAUGAAGAAUUUGCUGACAAGUGGACAGAAUUUACUUAAAACAUUACCCAUGGAAGAACAACAGAAAGUGGUCGAAAAUGUUGAAGGCUUACAGCAACGAUGGGAAAAUGUGCUUACGAGUGCACCACAGCAUCUUAUUCAUUCGAAAUUCAAUUUGAACGAAGAAAAUCUCAACCAAACAAUAAAGGAAAUUGAGCGAGAAGUUCAAUUGGAGCAACAAGCACUCAAUAAAAAUGAAGAUAUUGGACUGAUAUCGCAACGUUAUAAUGAUUUUAUUACAAACAAAGGUCUAACCGGACAAGCACAAAAUUACAUUGAGAACAUGAAACAACUGUGUACAAAAUAUAAUGAACUGAAUCCGAAUGAUACAAGUUUGGAAAACACUAUGCAAAAUGCUAGUAUUAAAUGGUUGAAUACAACAAGGCGUCUUGAUGAAUUGCAAAAGCUAUUAUGCCAGGUUCCAAUUCAGUGGCAGAACUAUCGUUCGAAAUUUGACACAAUGACUACUUGGAUGAACACCGUGGAUAGUGCUUUAAAAUCAAUUGUACAGGAAGUUAGCACAUCAGAAGAAUUCGAAAAGGAACGACUAGUUUUUCAACUGAAGGAAUUAGCGAAAAUAUGUCAAGAUGCUGACGCUAAGCGUGAAGAUAUGAAGUGGCUGGUGUCAACGCUCGAUUCACUACAACCAUAUGUUAGUGAAAUGGAAGCAAAAGAAGAACAACAAAAAUUAGAAAAUUUAAUAGGGCGCUACAAAACGCUGAUUCCAACAAUUGAAAUAACUAUGGUGAAGACAGAAGUAUUUUCUAAGUGCUAUACAUAUCGAAAAGAAGUGCACGAAGUGGUUUGUUUAUUGGAGAAAGUAAAAGAUCAAACAAUAACAGCACCACAGCCAGAGAGUUUGGAAAAUUUACGUCAAAUGAUACAAGAGCAACAGUUUGCAAUCAAUCAAUUGGAUCAUCAAAGAACGCAUAUAAUGUCAAUGUUACAAAGAGGACGUGACUUAAGCAAAGAUGUUCAUGCGCCAAAGUUCAUGCCAAACGAGAUUAAAAAUUUAGAAAAUGGUUGGAAUGAUGCGUAUAAUGAAACGGUUGACAAACUAAGGGAGCUAAAGAGCACCGAAUCAAUAUGGAAUGAGUUCCAGGAGGAAAAACAUCGUAUAAUAAACUUACUUGGAAAUGCUGAGACAGAACUGAGAUCAAUCACACCACUUCAAACUGAUCCGAAAAAUGUGAGUUCAGAUUUGAAAACUAAACGUGAGUUGAAUGCGACAUUACAACAAGCAUCACGACAAAUGAUUGCUAAUUUACAAGAUCGUUGCAAAGAGCUUACACCAUUGACAGAUCAAACAAAGAAACCAUUAAUUGAAAAAGAAGUAACUGAAUUGGAGAAACAGUUCUUUAAUACAAUGGAACAUGUGAAGGAUCGUGUGAAUUAUUUGGAAGACUACAGUUUUCGAUGGAACAAUUAUAAAACACGUGUGGCAGAGUUACAAAAUUGGGCAUUAAAUUCAGCACCACAACUAAUUGAAGCUGUUCAAUCACAAGAAAUUUCGCCUGAGGAACGUGUUUUGAAAACAGAGGCCCUUCAGUCAAUUAUCUCUGAAAAAAUGCGAUCAUUGGAUAUUUUAUCUAGUGAUGCUUGUGAAUUGGCACCCAAGGAAGGAAACUUCUCUGAAGCAAAGCGAUUAAAAAGCGAAGUAUCUAAACUUCAAGAAAUGUUGAGCGUAAUCAAUCGCAAUGUAAACCAUCAAUCCAUGACCACAAAAGAGGAUCUUGUUAAUUGGCAAAAGUAUCAAGCUGGAAUUCAAGAAAUAAAACCAUGGAUUGAGCGGUCGGAAUCGAGGUUUAGUCUUAUAACAGAAAAACCAGUUUCACUACAAGAAGCAUACACACUGCAACAACAAGCAAGACAAUUUGCUAGCCAAUGUGAACUUCAAAAAGAAAAACUCAACGCAGUUGCAUCAUUUAAUAACUUAAUGUCUUGCAAGACAAAUGCACCAGACGAAUUGGAUGCCGUUAAUUCGCGAUGGCAUUCAGUUCAGGAUAAUGCCAAACAAUUGGCAAACAGAUACGAUCGAUUAGUUUCAAACUGGCAAACAUUUGAUAAUGAUGCAUCAAAACUAGAAGAUUGGGUUGUUCGAAGUGAGCAGGCUCUAUUGACACGUCCACUACUGGCAAACAGUCCUCAUGUUGAUAAACUAGAAAAAGAAUUAAUUCACUUGAAGACAUUCAAUAACGACAUAUCGGAGCAGUUGGCUAAAAUUGUAUCUUUGACACAGAGUUCAGAGACCUUAGUACCAAAUCUAGGACCACAGGGUUUAAAUGCAACAAAAGAGCGUAUCAACGCAUUGCGAGGAAAAGUUGGAAAGUUAUCGGAAGCGAAUCGUGAACGCAUCAAUGUUAUCUCAGAUGCAAUAAUUUCAAGACAAGAUUUCAAUGCAAAAUUAGCCAAUUUUGCUACGCUAAUGGAACGAUUGCGUAAUCAAGCUGCACAAGUUGAAGACUUGGCCGUCGAACGUGUUGAGCCACAUUUGCAAAUUGUUCACAAUUUAUUGCAAGAACAUUCGGAUAUGAAAAACUUAUUUAACUCAAUAUACGAAGAAGUUAAAAAUAUGACAUUGAAUGCUAGUCCCGAAGAUAGUGGAAUUAUUAAUGAUUCGUAUACAGCACUAGUACUAAACUAUCAAAAUAUUGAAGACGAUUUGCAACAGAAAAAACAAGCGUUACAAAAAUGGUCCGAUUUCUUAGGUUGGAAAAAUGACAUUGAAUCGAAUGCUAAUCAUAUUAAACAACAAUUGGAAAAAGCAACUGAUAAAAGCAAUAAUAUUGAGAAUCUCAAACAAAUUAUAGAAGAAAUUACUACUAAUACCGUUUCAGUAGCAGCAAAGAAGGCUGAUGCAAAUGUAAUCGAUAACAUUCCGGUUGUUUACUUAAGAGAUACAAACACUGGAAAACCGAUUACCGCACAGCAAAUCACAAAUGAUUUGGAGAAUAAAUUUCAUAAUUUAGAAUUGAAAGCACAAAACCAAGUGGCUACGCUCAGCAAAAUUGAAGCUCAAAAAGGUGGCUUUAUUAAAAUUGAAAAUAGUUUGGGCAAAUGCUUAUUGGAUAUCAAAUCAAAUUUAGACAAUAUUAUUACACGUUCACCAACUGACAAUAUUGAACAAAAUAUUUCUGAUCUUAAUGCACUUUGCGUCAAUUUACAAACCAAAAUUCCGCUAAAAGAGCAAAUGCACAAUGAAGGCACACAAUUGAUGCAAGAAGAUAUUUCAAGUAUACCCGCAAUUCAGGAGUCCAUGCUAUUAUUAAAUAAACGUUGGGAUGAUAUUCAAGGCGAAAUUGAUAAUCAACUGCAAAAAUGUGCUCAACUUAACCACGCUGUUCAAGAAUAUUCAAAUUUAAAGAAACGUUUUAACACCGAAAUGGUAAAAGCAGAAAAAAUUUACAGUACCAUUGAACCAGAACCGAAAGGAGAACAGCAGCUUAUUGAAACAUCUGUUAAAUCGAAACAGGCAUUGGACCAAAUUAAAAAAUCUAAAGUUGCUCUAGACGAUAUGGAGCGAAGAGGAACUCUGUUGAUUAAAUUGCUACAGUGCACUCAACCUAAUAAUAUUGACGACGAAAUAAAAGAAUCAGAAACAAAAUGGCAGCAACUCCAAGUGCAAAUAGCACAAAACGCUCAUCUCUUCGAAACAGAAGCAAUUAUUUGGAAUCAAAUCGAAGAAUUUAAAUCAGAAUUGGUUUUAUGGCUUGAUGAUAUUAUAGCUGCUUUAAAUGAUGCUGCCAACAACACCUUAGAAAUUGAAUACAGUCCAAUUCGAUUGAAUAAAUAUAAAACUGAGCUCCCAACAUACUCAAACAUUUAUUCUGAUUUAAAGGAAAAAGUGUCGGAACUCGUGAAAAUGAAUAAAGGAGUCGAAAUACCAGCUUUAACUGAUUUAACGAAUGCACUCGAUAACAAAUUUUCGGAAGCCGAAACAAAUGCUCUCAAGCUUACAGAAAUUUCAUCGAAUUUUGAAGACCAAGAGAAAGAAUUACGAUGCUCAGUGAAAAAUUGUGGUGAUGCGAUCAACAAAAUCCGAGAACAACUUAUCACCACUGACGAUAUGUCAGGUGAUAACAGUAAAAUUGUCGAACGAUUGCAGCUUUGUCAAGCAUUGAAAGUACAACUAAGUGAUCAAGAAAGUGAAUUAGACAACCUUCGUAUGCGUAUUGAUGAAAUGAAAUUUACGUAUCCAACUUUUGCCGAAUCAAUUAUUCCGAAGGAAUUGAAUAAUGUUCAGAAACGUAUGGAUGUUAUUUUAACGCAUGCCAAUAAAAUUGAAUCAUCACUUUCGCACUUUUUGAAAAAAUUCCAUAUGGACAAAAUUGGAAUGCUUGGACGAAUGAUUAACGCUCAAAAAGAGAAAAUUAUCUGGUGUAUACCUGAACCCAGUAGCGACAAAUUUAAUUUGGAAGUAAAAAAAUCAUCUCUUGCUGAUGUACAAGGAAGCAUCGAUGAUUGUUUGAUACGAAAUGCGGAGAUAUCUGAUUCAAUUGAUCUCUUGAAUAAUAUUGAGUCUCCUGAGAAUGUAGAAAUGAUUAAGAAUGAAAUUGUUCGAUACAAUGUUGAGUUAGCUGAUAUUCAACAGAGAUGUGAAAAAACAAAAGCUGAUUUGGAUGAUAACAUUGCUCUAUGGAACGAAUAUGAGCAACACUUCGAGGCUGUAACAAAUUGGUUCAAAGAAAUCGAAACAAAUGUUAAAAAUGAGUCAAUUGCCCUUAUCAAUGUGAAUAAUAUUGAUAAUAAAAUAUCAGAGCUUAAUGCAAUUCACGAAGACAUUAAAAAUAAAAAUCCAGAUAUUAACAAACUUGAAGAGAUUGCCGAAAAGAUAAUGCAAAAUAAUUCUGAGGCCAGAGUUGGUCAAACUGUUAACCAUAUGGUCUCACGAUAUAAAUCUGUUGGCAAGAGUAUAGCUUCUUUACUCGAACGUACAAAAACAGCGAAACAAGCUUAUAUUGACUUCGGUAAAAAUGAGGCUACAUGUGCAGAUUGGACUAAAAAUGCUCGUAUGCAUCUCAAUGAAUUAUUUAGAAUGGGUUCACCUGGCUCAGGGCCGACACGGCAACAGCUCAAUUUAGUAAAAGCAUUUGUCAGCAACUUACCGAGAGGCCAAGCACAUGUAAACGAUUUGUUCAAUUCGGCUGAAGCACUCUAUCCUCUUGUAACUUCGGAGGAUCGCGAAAAUAUUCGAAAUAGAAGACAACAGCCCCGGGACGAUUUUGAUAACAUUCAAGAUGAAGCAAAUUCCUUGCUCUCUCAAGUUGAGUCAUUGUUGAUACAUAAAACAUCAAUUGAAGAGAGUUUUGCGCAAGUGAAACAGUGGUUAGACGAUGCAAAAACCAAGCUAGGAACGCAAAGUGAAUUGUAUCCAAGUUUAAUUGAGAAAAAACAGGCUCUUCAAAUACUGCGAUCUCAAUUGCAAGACAAUAUCUUACAUAAAAAUGCUUUGAAACAACUACAGGACAAAGCUCAAUCGAUGGCUGACAUUGAAGCUAUAGAGAAAGUUGGCGAAACAAUGAAAGAAUAUGAUAAUUUACAUCAACAUUUAAGCUGUCGAGUUGCCGAUUGUGAAAGAAGCGUUACGAAUCAUGAAUCAUAUGAUCAAAUAACAGAACGUGCACAAGAGUUUUUGAAGAAAUUAGGUGAUCAAACUGCUGAAAUUUUCCGAAAUGAUUGUCCCUUUGAAAAAGAUAUCACCGAACAAAACCUUGAAGUGUUAAGUAGCGUGAUUGGUGAAAGAAAUCAAGGCAAUAAAAUUAUAUUGGCCUGUAAAAAUCAACUUGAAAAAGUGUUGCUGGAAACGCACCCUUCUGGGCAUCCGGUUCUCAUCAAUUCAUUUGAAAAUAUUAAACGCGAAUGGGAUAUAUACAUCGCACAAUGUGAAGAUACACAAAAUAAACUUAAAGAGUUGUAUGAAAAAUGGGCAGCAGCCGAUUUAACUAUCGAACAAAUUGAAAAUUGGCUUAAAAAAGUAGAAAGUGUUCCAAAAGAUCAGAGCAUGAAGAGUACGUAUGAAACGAAACAAGCAUAUUUGAACAAACUACAAAAGUUAAACGAAGAAAUAAUUUCAAAAGAAGCCGAAUUUGCAUCAUUGUCACAUAUUUGUAAAGAUAUUAACGGCGAAAGUGCAAUAAACUCGCGUGCAUCUAAACUUGUUACUCGCUAUCAAGCACUUAAAAAUCUAUAUAGAGAACAUAUUGACAAAUAUGAGCAAUAUGCGAAGAACCAUCAUUCGUUCAAUGAAGAUUAUGAUCAAUUUAGAAAACAUUUACAAGAAGUAAUUGAUAAUUUGAAAGAAAACAGUGGAAUUACUGGCGAUUUGCCUAUUUUGCAAGGCCGACAAACUGCGCUACGAAAUAUCGCCGAUCAACGUUCAAAUGAUGCCAUCCCAUUUGAAGAUAUUAUUGAUCGCGGAGAAAAAUUGUAUGUUAAUACAAAUCCAGAAGGUAGAGAACUUAUUCGGCAACAAUUGCGAAGCCUAAGAGCUGAAUGGGAUAAGUUCAGCGACGAUUUGAAUGCUUCUACUCAAAAAAUUGAAAAUUGUUUACUUCAAUUCACUGAUUUUGCCCAAGGACAAGAACAACUUACUAGAUGGCUUAAAGAUGUGGAACAAGCAAUGCAAAAUCAUACCGAACUCAAGACAACUUUACAAGAGAAACGUGCUCAACUUCAAAAUCACAAACUAAUGAAUGAAGACAUUCAAAACCAUUGUUCGUUAGUUGAUGCAGUUUGUGAACGAGCACAAUCGCUUGUGAAUGAAACUCAAGAUGAAUCUCUAAAUAUGUAUUUAAAUUCCAUAAAACAAUUGUUUGAUAAUAUUGUUGAGAAAUCACAAGAACUUAUGACUAAUUUAGAUGGUUGUGUUCAAUCGCAUCAAAAUUACAAUGCCCAAUUGGCUCAUUUAAAAGAUUGGUUGAGUGCAGAAAAGCAGAAAUUAGUAGAAUGCGAAGAUACUUAUGGUGAAAAAAAUGAUUUGAAACGUAAAAUCAACAUAUUGGAACAAUUAAAAUCAAACCAAAAUUCUGGACACCGACUAGUGAAUGAUUUGCUGGAGCAAAGCAUAACUGUAAAGAAGUGUACUUCACCGCGAGGAAUUGAUUUGAUUGACUCCGAAUUGAAGGAACUUCAAACUGAAAUCAAUAAUCAUAUAGAAAAUGUCAAUCAAAAUGAAAUUAAGCUCAGCUCUAUUUUACAAUCAUGGGAUGACUUUGAAAUGCAAUUGGACGAGUUGACUAAGUGGUGCCGAGCCACUGAAACUAUAUUCCGAGAUCAACAACUUCAAUCUACUCAUGAUGAUAAAACCAAACAUUUAAUGGCAUUCAGAGUUAAGAAAGAGCAAAUCAUAAAUAAACAAAAGUCAGUUGAUUUAUUUACGGACAAAGCACAUGAUAUCCUUAAAAAUACAGGAGCAGAGCGGCUGCAGUUGCUAACAUCACAAUUAUCCAACCGUUAUCAAUUAUUAACUGCGCUCAGCAAAGAAGUUGUUAACAGAUGGCAAACAAUCGUCGACGAUCAUCGAAAAUAUAACGAAAAAUUAGCAGAAGUAAAUAAUUGGAUAACACCUUUGGAGGUUGAACUCAAUUCAAUCGUAUCGAAAGCAACUGAUGACACCACAUGUGUCCAAGUACUGGAACACUUGGUCAAUGAGAGUAGUAACGCUGAUACAUUGAUGUCAUCAUUGGAUGCUAUCGGCGAAAAAGCCCUACAAGAAACAUCAACUACGGGUAGAGAGAAAAUUCGUACAGACAUACGUGACAUGCACGAUCGUUGGGACAAGCUAUGCGAUGAAAUUCACAAACUUCAAAAGAAACAAGAAACCCAAUCACAUCAACUCUCUUCUUAUCAAGAUCUUUUGCAACAAAUAUUGGCUUGGCUCAAAAUAAACGAAGAUACAAUUACACAUGAAAAUAUCAGUGGAUGGACAUCAAUUCAAGAGAUUCGUUCGAGACUUUUAAAAUACAAGACAAUGAACCAAGAUAUUUUAUCGCAUAAGCGAAUAAUAGAAACGCUCAAUGACAAAGCAAACGUUGUGAUGAAUGACGAAAUUAAUAAUACCAUAAACAAAGUCAACGAACGAUAUGACAAUUUGAAUCAAGAAUGUAAUAACCUUGUAUCACGCCUUGAGGAGGCCUUAGAUAUCUUUCAAACCUUUAAUGAUAACCAAAAACAACAAAUGGAUUAUCAAAAGAUUUUAUGGGAUCGAUUAAAUAAUUACACAGAUUAUUCGGGAAAUAAGAAUGCGAUUGAAGAGCGAAUGGCAAAAAUCGAGGAAAUUGAAAGAUCACUCGAUGAAGGAAAUCAGAAAUUAGAUGACCUUAGCAAACAUGUUGCACAAAUUAAAAUGGAUGCAAUAUCACCACGAUGCAAAGAACUUAUGGCACGCGAUUUGAGUGGCCUUAAAAUAGAUUUUGAUAAAUUCAAAGAUACACUGCAGGAGGUUAAAUUCAAUUUGAAAAAUCGACAUCAACAAUGGACAGAAUAUGAAAGCAAUUUGGAUAUUUUAACUGAUUGGCUGACUCAAGCGGAGAGUGAUUUGAAAAAUUUUGGACUAAAAAAUACAUUCAAUGAGAAACAAGAUCAAUUAUCCAAAUUUCAAAACUUGUUCGCAAAUCUUAAUGACAAAGAAAGUGAAUUCGAUAAAAUAGCGGAUGACUCGUCUGACUUAAUACAAAAUACUAAAGAAUCACGUAUUUCAAUUGAUGCACAACAAAUAUCUCUACGUUUUCAAUCAAUGAAAAAUGCAACCAAAGAAAUUUGUAAGAAUUGCACAAAUGCUGUAUCGGAUCACCAACAAUUCAAUGAUAAAUACAAAAAAUGUUCCGAAUUUUUGAUAUCCGCCGAGGCCAAAUACGGCACAUUUUUUAAUGUGCCACAAAAUUGUUCACGAGAUGAUCUUCUAAAUCAACAGAACGCAAUUCAACAAGUUCUUCACCAACAAAAUACAGCAACACUCUUAUUAAAUAAUGUAAUUGAACUUGGAGAAAAACUAUAUCCAACAACGGCAUUUGAAGGACGUGAAGCAAUUAGAGAACAAACUCAGGAACUUUCACAGCUGAUGGAAAAACUGUUUGAUAAGAUUAAUAUUAUCAAUCGCACAAUCCAGAAUAAACUAUCUAAAUGGACGGGUUUCGAAGAAUGUGCUGAACUCCUUGAGGAUUGGUUGAAUACUUUGAACAUUGAUGAAAACAUUAUUUUAAGAGAUACUUUGGAUGAAAAGCGUAGCCAAUUACAUCUCUAUCGCGAUCAAUUGAACGAUAUUCUACUUCAUAAAUCAGAUGUGCUUAAUUUGAAAGAUAUAGUCGCCAAUAUGCCCGACAAAAAUGAAUUUGUUGUUAGUAAAUAUGAUCAAAUUGUGAGAAAAUAUGAUCAUAUGCAUGAAAUUUUGCAAGGUUUUGUUGAGCAAUAUGAAGUAUUUGUCAGUGAUCACAAUUUAUAUAGUAAAGCAGUGUUGGAUACUCUAGACUAUAUUGAAGCCACACAAAAUACUGUUGAUUUGUGGGGUGACCUUGAAUUGGAGCGUGUCCUUUUACGAACAAAUUUGAAUCGAUUGAAAAACCAGAGAGCCAAUUUGAGUGAUGAGAAAGUGCGUAUUGAACAAAUUCGGGGGCUCGGUGAAAAAGUUAUUCCAAAUACACUUGAGCCGGGACAAAAAUUGAUACAAAAUCAAAUUGAUUCGUCACAACAAGAAUGGGAGGGAAUACUUUCGCAAAUUCAAUCCACAAUCGAUGCCAUUGAAAGUAAACUGCAGCAGUGGGAUGAGUUUGAAAAAUUAAAAGAUGACUGCAUUAACUGGAUCAGAAUUACAGACAAUAAGCUUCAUGCAAUCGAUUUGAAACCAACUCUUGCAGAGAAAAAAUGCCAAAUAGAUGAAUUAAAAGUUCUUCAAGGGGAAAUUCGGGCUAAAGAACUUGAAAUCGAUAAUGUUAGUGAAAAAGCACAGCUUUUACAUCGUGGAGCAACCACUGCUAAAUAUUCACAAAUUACUGAUUUAAUUCCGAAGUAUCAACAAGUAGUACAUAAAGUAAAAGAAUUGAAUACACGAUGGUCACAGUUCGUAUCAACUCAUAGUGAGUUUGAAAAUCAACUAUGUGAAUGUACUGAAUGGCUUCAAGACAUCAAUUCAAAAUUGGAUUAUUGUGCAGAUGUGAGUACGGCAUCUCAGAAGGAUCUUCAGGGAAAAUUAGAUGCAGUUCAAGAUAUGAUAAUGCUAAAAGACGAAGGAUUUGCAAAGGUUCAAGGUAUUGUUGAAAUGGCACAACCAGUUUUGCUAACAACUGCACCUCUUGGACAUGAGCCAAUAAAUAAAAGUUUAGCUCAACUUCAAAACGAUUGGUCGGCCCUGGCCGUCAAAAUGGUUGAAAUUAAAUCCAUGCUUGAUCAAUCCAUCAAUCAAUAUUCUGGUUUUGUAGAUCAAAUUAAAAAUAUCCUUAAAUCAAUUGAUUGGAUUGAAAAGUCGAUGGUGGACUUAUCCGAAUUUCAAACAACAAUGCCGGAAAAACGAUCUCAACUUGAAAAUAUAAAAUCCAUGGAAGAAAAAGUAAGAGUGGAAAAAAUUGAUGCGGACGCUUUAAAAGCUCAAGUCACAGAAAUGCUAUCAUCAAAGCAGCCAAAUCAAACUGCAUAUCAAGCGUUACAAACAUUAGAAAAAUUUGAUACAUUGGCUGAAUCAGCAAAGAAACUGCUUAGAGAACGCGAAUCUCAAUAUCGUGAUCAUCGGCUGUUUAUUGAAGCCAAGAAUGACUUAUUUGGGUGGAUAAAUAGAGCACGUGAUAAGUUGCCGGCAAUGAAACCACAAUCUCUUGCAGAUAAACUGUCUAUAGAAAAUUCGGUCGCUCCACUGGAUGCAUUGCUUAAUAAAAAAGCACAAGGUGAAUUGUUGGUUGAACAUCUUAUACAUACUGGCGAAGUUUGCAUGGCAAGCACAUCUCAACAAGGCAACGAAUUGAUUCGAAAUGACAUAAAAACAUUGCGCGAGUCAUUUGAAGUAUUAUUUAAGGACAUUUUAAAUCAACGAAACAAAUUAGAAGUAACAAUGACACAAUGGCGCGAAUUCAAAGAAGAAUUUGAUCGAAUUUCAGAAUGGUUGCAACAAAUUGAUAUUCUUGUAAAAAAUCAUAAAAUUGCUCUACAAUCGAACCGAAAUGAGAAACAAAAACAAGUAGACGACAUGCGUAAUAUUUUAAGUCGUUUAGAAAAGGGUCAAUCUGAUAUUGAGAAAUUAAAAACAUCAUCCGCUCCAUUAUUAUCAUCACACCUAGACACUUAUAUUAAUAAUCAGUUGUCGACACUUAACUCAAAGUUUUCAAUUGUGUUCAAUUUAGCCAAAGACACUCUGAAAAAAGUCGAGAAUAACUUUGAAUUACACAAAGAAUACGAUCAAUAUCAUGAAAAUGCAAAAGAUUGGAUUGAAAAAGCUUGGGUAACGAUUAGAAGUUGUAGUGAACCAUCGAAUAGUAAAGAAACUCUACAGCAUCGAUUAAAUCAAAUUCAAGAUUUAUUAGCUAAACGCGAAGAGGGUCAAUCAUUAAUUCAUUCGACAGUGAAUACCGGAGAAAAGGUCAUAAGAGGCACACGAUCAGAUGGACGUGAUGACAUCAACAAUCAAAUAAAAGAAAUCCAAAGUGAAUGGGAACGUUUGGUGAAAAAGAUGUCAACUGCAAAAGUUAAUUUGGAAACAAACUUGUUGCAAUGGGCCGAUUAUAAUUCAAGUUAUUCACAUCUUCAGGAGUGGAUAACCGAACGAGAAGCAAAAUUGCUUCAAGUAUGUGAACAGAAAGUUCCCAAGACAAGAAGAGGCCAAGCAAAUUUAAGCUGUGGAUUGAAUGAACGGCGUGCCAAUUUACGGCAAACAAAUAAUAUAGUGCAAGAUAUUGUUUCAUUUGAACCAAUGAUACAGUCAGUUACAUCCAAGGCGUCUGAUUUAAUGCAAGGGACACCAGCAUCAGACAUUUCAAAUAAAUACGAAACCCUGACCAAACAAGCGAAAGACUUAUAUGAAAAACAAAAAGAAGAAAUUGAUAAGCAUCAGGCAUUGAUUGAUGCAGAAAAUGAAUUUUCUCAGUGGCUUCGUAAUGCCAAAGAUAGUUUAACAAAGUAUGCUGAACCAACUGGUGAUAAGGAAACAUUGUCUAGUAAACUCAAUCAAAUCAUUGUAUUAGAAAAUGAAAUUCCUUACGGAAAAAAUAAGUUAGAUAAAAUCUUUGAACAAUGCGAGAUAGCAUGUAAAAUUUCGGAACCGGAAGACAAAGAGAUUAUAGAUGAAGCAAUGACAUUUUUGCAAGAGGAAUUCGAUAACUAUGUGAAUUGUGUAAGCCAAGGAAAAGAUUGUAUAAAUGUGGCACUCGUAAAAUGGAGUGAAUAUCAAGAUCAGUACAAAGAAGCUUUCAACUGGCUGACAAAAACUGAAGACCUCAUACAGUCCUUUAAUCGAUUACAGGAUAGUCUUGAGGGCAAGAAAAUUGUUUUGGAAGAAUUCCAAGGCCAAUUACAGGUUUUAUUUGAUUGGCAAAAGGAGUUAGAUCGAUUAAAUUUGCUAGCCCAAAAAUUGUUGGAAACAUGUUCUGAUGCACGAGUCAGCAAUCCAGUAACUCAGCUUACAACGAAAUACAAUGCCCUGCUAUCUCUAGCAAAAGAAAUAAUGAGACGCUUAGAACUUUUCUACCAAGAACAUCAUCAACAUCAUACAUUGUACGAAGAGUGUCAAUAUUGGAUUGAAAAGACACGUGAAAAACUCAACGAUUGCCAGGAUAUACCCAACACUUUGACCGAAAUUCAAAUCAAGUUGAAUACAGUGAAAUCACUACGUCAAGGUUUCGAGCAAGGUCAGAAUAAGCUACGGUAUGUGUUGGAAUUGAAAGAAAAAGUGGUUCUGAAUACAGAAGCAAAUGGUGCUUCCAAAAUUCAAGAAGAUACAGAAAGUUUGAAGGACGAUUUUGAAAAACUAUUGAUUGAUAUUAAUAAUGUGCGACAGCAGCUUAUGGCUAGGGCUGCAAAACUUGAAGAACUUGCUCAGUUGUACAAGGUUAUUGUUGAUUGGUUGGAUGAAAUUGAGCCAAUUAUUGCCAUCGACAGUAAUGAUUUUGUUGACAAGCGGUCAGCCUUAGAUAAAUUUCGUAGCCUGCAACGUGAUUUGAAUGGAUACAAUGAAAUUAUUGGAAAAAUUCAAAACAAAAUUAACGAAGACGGUAACCUGAAUCAAUCAGAUUUUGAAAAAGUAUUGGAACGAUUUGAAAACGUACAAGAUCGAAUUAAUUCAAUGAUUGAAACAUUGGAAAAUCAUGUUAACAAUCAUGAGAAAAGUAAACAGGCAUUUGCUGAAAUUUAUGAUUGGAUUCGCAAGGAGCGUUUGGAAAUUCAACAAUGUUUUGACGCACAUGGUGAUCAUACUGAGAUACUGCAAAAAUUGGAGCAACUAGAACGAGUAGAUCUUUCCAUGCCUGAAGGCAAAAUUCUUAUGGAAACCGCAAUAGAAUUGAGCCAAAAUGUUAAACCAUUGACAGAUGAAGAAGGACAAGAUGCAAUCAAUCGAGAUAUUAAGCAAUUGGGAUGUGAUUGGAAUGAGCUAACAACAAUGUUAGCAAAUGCUCACUCAAAUUUAAACCAUUGUAUUACGGCAUGGGAUAAAGUUAACAGUAAAAUUGAUACAGUUACCAAAUGGAUCGAUGCAACUACAGAUCGUGUUAAAGCUGAAAAUGAAGCCGAAAACAAAACGUCUGAUGAUCUUGCACGUUGCAAGAAUAUCCUCGCUGAAAUUUCGGCAUAUGGUGAUUCAAUUGAGGAACUUAACGAUAUUUGCGAAAAUCUCGUAGAAAUUAGUGCUUUUUCGAAAAUUCGUGAUCAAACUGUUGAACCACAAAUGAAGUAUUCCAAACUUUUGACCGAUGCUCAAGGUCUUGUAGCAAAGAUUGAAAAAGGUAUAACCGACCAUACAGAUUUUCUGAACUAUAAAAAAGAGAUGGAUAUAUGGUUGGCAAAUGCAAAUGAAACACUCGAAGAAUGUGCAGGUAUUGGAGAUGAAAACGAAACCAGACAAAAACUACUUGCAAUCACUAAUUUGUCAAGCCGUUUGCCUGAAGGUAAACAACUACUUAAUAUAGUUCAGGAAGCUUUCACAAAAGCAAUGAAUUUAACUCCAGAAGAUAAACAAGAUGUACUUCAAUCGCAUAUGGGUGAUUUAAAGAGCCAUUACUUAAACUUCACCGAAAAUAUAAAAAAUACUAUAGAUCUGCUAAAAUCUGCGCUCAAUAAAUGGGAAGACCAUAAAGAACAAGUGAGCAAUUUUGAGAAAUGGUUAAUUAAUAUUGAAAAUCAACUGCAAAUUGAAGCUGAUGCCCAUGGUGAAUUGAGUGAAAUGAAAACUAUACUUGACAGUUUGAAAAACAUUUCAAAAGAGAUCAAACAAAAGGGCAGUGAUGACCUACAUAUUCUUAGAGAUGCCAAUGAUGUGAAUCGCGCAUGGACAAAAACUUCUAGUAAAGUUGACGAAGUGAACAGCUUACAAUAUCGCUGGGAAAAAGUGAACACGGAAUGCGAUGAUCGUAUACAAAGGCUUAUUGCUGAAAUAAAUGAUUACAAUGCAUACUACCAGAAGUUACAAGAUGCUGAGAAAUGGCUUUUACAAAUCUCCUUCCAACUAAUGGCUCACAAUUCUUUGUAUAUUACGAACCGUCUUCAAACUCAAGAACAAAUAGAUCAACAUGAAAUAUUGAUGAUUGAAAUUCAAAAAUAUCAGUCAAAUAUUGAUGAUUUAAAGGCCAAAGGCUAUAAUCAAAUUGAACGGUAUGAAAAAAGUUCACCAAAAAUCAGAUCAGUUAUUUCUACCCAAUUGAAAAAUGUACAAGACAGUUACGACUCAUUAUUAAGUACAUCUGUUCAAAUUCGAAAUCGUCUUCAAGAAUCACUUGCUAAAUUCGAAGAAUAUGAAAAUAUUCUGGAUAGCAUUCAAAAGAAUCUAGAAGAGUAUGAAUCUACAUUUGAAGAUUUGGAUGAACCAGCUAUAACUUUGGAUAUGGCCAAAGAUCAACUAAAAUCUGCACAAAUAUUGCACAAUAAAUUACAAGCAGAGAAAUCCCGUCUAGCACUUGCGGUAAAAGCUUGUGAAACAGCAACAGCUAGCAUUAGUAGGCCGAGUAGCCCUGUGGAGUCAAAUAUUCCAAUGAUCCCCGAAAAAGAGUUGAUUAUACGUGGAAAAUUAGAAGACUUGAUCGAUCAGAUUCAAUCUAUCGUGAGCGGACUUCAAUCAACCGUUGACGAAUUGGAUCAACUUCAGAAGCAACGGAAUGAACUUCAAGACUGGAUAAAGAAACAAGAGCAGAACAUUGCUGAUUGGGUAUCAAAACCGCUUAAACUUCGACCAGAAGCUUCAAAGCAAGAAAUUAUUGCAAUGAAUGACUUAUUAAACGCAAUUGGUGACAAACGAGCUCAGUUGAUGACUGAAAUGACUGGAUCCUUUGCUGAUGAUGAUAAUUCUGAUAUUGAACAACAACUCGACAAAUUAGAAAAUGAUUUAAUGGAUGCAAUUGCUUUAAAAACAUCAGGUCAAAAUAUAAUUGAAACUUACCGUCAAUGUGCUAGCGAUUUGAAUACAUAUUUUGAUAGUAUAAUCAAGAAAAUAGAUGCCAUUGAUAUUGGAAGUGGUUUGAACUGCGUACAAAAACUUGAUGCAAUUGCUUUGAUCCAAAACGAAUGUGAAAUUGAUGGGUUGCAGAAGUUGGACGACCUUAAACAAAAUGCGCAGAAAGUGUCGGAGGUUAUAAACAAUUUAGACGAACAACAAAUUGAAGAAAAACUAAAGUCUACGGAUCGCAAAUACAAUGAUAUCAUAAAAAGAGUCGCUCGAAAAGCACAAAUGAUUGCUGCAACCAACAAAGGAAUUCAAUCUAUACAAUCUGAAAUUGAUCAGCUUAAUAGUUGGAUAUCUCAACAACUCGAUAAACUACAAGAACCACAAACUGUUAGUUCCGACCAAAAUCUGUUGACUGCAUACUUGCAUAAACUUAAAGCAGUUUCCAAAGAUGCCGAUGUCAAACAAGUACUUGCCGAUACACUCAAAAGACGAGUGACAAACAUUCAAAGUGACUUAGAAUCAUUGGAAAAGUCUCAAUUAGAUAACGAAUUACGUGACAUAUGCAGUAAGCACAAGAAACUAACCGACGUUAUUGUAUCCGAAAUGGAUGUGACUAGUGCUGCUAUUCAACGUUUGAAAUCAUUUGAGACUGAUGUGGAGAAAUUUAAAACAUGGCUGCGAACAAAGUUGGUGGAAACCAGAAAACAGCCUAACACAGUUCCGUUUCAUUCAAAAGCCGUUGAAGAUGAUAUCCAAAUUGCCAAGGUCAACGAAUGUGAAAUUUUGAAAUCUGGAACCGAUCAAAUGAAUGAAAUUAACAAGCAAGUACAAAAUAUCUUGAAACACUGUCCCAAUAAAGAACCACUUGAAAUCAUACUCGAAGGAUUGGUCAAAGACUAUACUGAUUUAAAAAAUGAGGUAGCUACGACAAUAAAACAAUUAUCAGUUGCAAUGGAAGAACGGAAACUUCUGGAAGAUGAUGUAUCUAAAUUGGAAGACUGGCUAAACGAAAUUCAAGUUUGCACACAAAACGAUGUUCAAAUGCGAAGUUUACCUAUGUUGGAGGAAAAAUUGUCGGAAUUCGAAAAAUUGAAAAAGCAAAGGGAAAGUAUGCGAUCAAUUUUGAACGGUUUGAAUGAACGUGGAAAAACUAUUUUACCAGAAUUGAACAAUGUUGAUAAAAUGAAAUUAAAUGAGCAAUUGAAAGCGAUAAAGGAUAAAUUUAACAAGCCAAUAAUAACCGAUCGUAUUAAAUCAAUUGAAGAACUAAUUAAAAAAUACAAAAGUUCAGCCGAAAAAUUAGCUUGUUGUAUUGAUACUUUAAAUAAAAUUCAACAAGAGAUAUGUGAAUUAAAGAAACCAAUCGGAAUCCACACAGAAGACGUGAAAGCACUGAAUAAUACUGCAGAACGUAUUUUACGUGAUCUAAUUGACAACAAAAACAAAGUGAGUUCCAUUCAAAUAGAAGAUUUACCAGAAUUGUCGAGUACAUUAGCAAGACAUGAUGAAGCUAUUCCGGUAGUUGAGAGACAAAUAGCAAACUUAAGACAGGCACAUGCUCUUCGUGAACAAUACUUUGCGCUUAUUGAUCAAAUUGAUGCAUCAAUUGGAAAAUACGCCAUUCAAAUAACUGAUAUAGAAAAGUCCAAAAAACCUAUUGAAGAUAAACUCAAUCAAUAUGAUGAAAUGGUCGAAAAAAUACAAGAAUGCGAAGGAGUUUUGGCUUCUGUACAAGAUAAAGGUAAAAAAAUUGCUGCUGAAGGAACAAUUGCUGAUGGUAAUAAAAUAACCGAAAAUAACCAAAUCAUAAAGCAUAAAUUACAAAAUCUUUAUCAACAAGUAAAAAAUCAACGUCAAAAGUAUGAAAAUACAUUGGCUGAACAUAACAAAGUUUCAUCUGAUUUAUCUGCAUUACUUCUUUGGUUACACAAUAAUGAAUCUAUUUGUAAGUCUCGGCCAUUAUUGGAACGUGACCCCGAAUCAGUAGUACCAGAAAUGAACAAACAUGACAAUUUUGCCAAAGAAGUCCAAGAAUAUUUAAACCAACUUCAAACCAUUGAUGAAAAAAUUGAUGCUGACAGUGGUAUUCCAGUUUGUAUAAUGGAUAUGCUUUCGGAGGGAAGAUCUUUGAUUGUUAAUUUACCGAAAGAACUCUCAGAUCGAAGAAAAUAUUUAACAGAUAGCAAAGAAUACCGCAGCACUUAUAUUCAGUAUGUAAAAGAAUUCAAUAAUUGGAUUCAUCAAGCGGAAGGACAUUUUGAGAAUUGCAAGCACGGCAUCGAUUUCAAGAACAUAAUUUCGGACAUAGAUAAGUUUAAUUCAUUUUUUGAAAAUGAUCGCCCAGUUAGGGAUCUUAUUACACAAACAGUACAAUCCACUGUGGAUAAGAUAUGGCCAACACUUCAAACUGUUGAGCAAAAUGAACUUUCAGAAGAGGUUCGACAAUAUAAAAAAUUACUUGAUAAAACAUUAAAUUCAGCAAAGCAUCAACGUUCACAAUUCGAGAAACAUCAAAAUGACUGGGAAACGUAUCGCGACACGUUAAGUGCAAUACGAAAUAUUUUGGAUGGCAUACAAAUGAGACUUGACCCUGCUGAUAGUUUGUCAAACAUUCAAAACAAUUUGAGAAAUAUUUCAAAUAUUCUCCUUGAUCUUAAGUCGAAACAAAACAAAUUAGAAACAGCGAACCAACGCGCCCAAGAUUUAAUGAGAUUGGCAGAUUCUUUGAAUCAUACUCAAAUUUACGACGAAAUUACCGAUUUGAACAGUGAUUGGGAUAAAAAGUUAAACGAAUUGGAAAAUAGUAUUGAAACACUAACUGUCCUGAGCAAUCAUUGGCAAGAUUUUGAGAAACGCAUCGAAUUGUUCCAGAGCCAACUAAAUCGCAUCGAAGAAAAAAUCAGCAAUAUCGAUUUUGUUGUGAAAUCGAGACAACAUUUGCUCGACACGAAGGACAUUUAUCAGGGAUUAUUGGCGGAAAUUUCAGAGCUUGAGACACCAUACAAGGAAAUCGUAUCGGCCUCACAAUACGUUUUAUCGUAUUUCAAUGGAACGCUACAAAAAUCAGAAUCUCAAGAAAUAGAGCAGAAACUCGACAAUUUGAAUAAUCAGUACACAACUUUGAAAACCGCAAUAUCAGAAAACAACGGACAAGUAGAUAAGGAAUUGCAACAUUUCGACGAAUUACUGGAAACCAUAUCAAAUUUGAAUAGCCAAGUCAUAGAUUUGAUAGAAAAGAUUACGGAUCUUUAUGUUUAUGGUGACAAUCAAGACAAAAUUCAGACGGAACUUGAAAAACUUCAGCUGAGUGUAAAUAAAAUUAUUGACGAAAACCAUAAUCUUAUACAACAAACACAAGAUUCCUAUAGCAAACAACAAGGAUUUGUUCCAGUAGAUAUAAGCGAGGAACUAAAAACAUUGGAAUUAACUGCCGAAAAUUUGACAGAAACAAUGGCUGAUAAGGAAAGAGAAUUUAAGCGAGCAAGAACAGUUCGAAGUGAAUAUCUUAAUGGUGUUGAUUAUAUUCAAGCGUGGUUACAACAAGCCGAACUGCGCAUUCAAGAUCGUACUUUGGAACCAUCACAAUUAAAGGAGAUCUUAAAUGAUAUUCAAAAGGAAUUAGCGUCAGUUACCGAUAAAUUGGAGACUAUAAAGCAAUGUGCAUUAAUAAUUACAGACAACAGUCAAAGUGAUAGAGAAAAGAAACUUAUACAAUGCACAAUUGAUCAACUUGAAAAGCAAAUUGAACAAAUUCGUACAGAUUUAGAGGCGAAAAAACAUCAACUUCAUGACUCUUUAGAUGCAUAUACCCGAUUUAUGAAAUUAUAUCAAAAUGUUAUGAAAUGGUCCUCCGAAAAAAAGGAAUUUAUUGAUAUUUCAUUGAAUGUCACUACACUAUCCGAGGCUAGACAAAAGAUGAAUGAAUAUAUGAAUGGCGUUCAAAGCAUUAAACCAAUUGGAAAGACUCUUAGCGAAAUGGGAAAAGAAUUAGAAACAAUUGCACUGGUGACGUCAAGUGGAGAUCUACAAAACAAAUUGGUCGAAGCAGAAAAUGUGAAAGUUGAAAUAGAAGCAAUUUUAUUGAAACGCAACACUUUACUACAAGAAACAUAUGAAGAAUGGGAACAGUGUGAUCGUAAACUAAAGGAUAUUCGUGUAUGGAUCGACAAAAUAAGUGAAACAAUCGAAUCUACUCAAUUUAAGAGAAAACCAUUACGCGAUCAACACGGAUUAUGUGAGAAAUAUCUCUCUGAAAUUAACGGUCAAAAAACCAAGAUUACCCUUUCUGUUGAAAAACUACAAGUACACUUCCGGUCCGGCAUAGGUGGCGAUUCUAAAAUUACAACUACGGCCUAUGGUAUUAUUGCUGAUUUGGAAAGACUUGAAGAAAUUGUCAAAGAUAAAGCACAAAAUCUGGAAACAUCAUUAUCGCAAAUAGACGAGUAUCAAAAACACAUCCAAGAACUACGUAGACGAAUCCUUCAAGAGGAACAACAGCUUCGACUCGUCAUGGCACCCACUUAUCUACCAAAUGAUCGGGAAAAGGCAGUUUCUGAUCAACAGAUACAAGAUAAAACUAACCUUGAGUUGGAUAGAUUCUUGGAAUUAAUGGCAGAUUCUGAACAAAGUCUCUCUAAUUUACCAAGCGACAGUCUCGAGGAAAUGCUGUCAUCACUUCAACUUAUUCUUCUAAAUUUGAAGCAACAGGAGAAAGAUAUCAAUAUUCUAGAAAUGAAUGUAGCUGAAAGCUGUCUUGUAUCUGAAACAAAAGAAACAAUUAAACAGCUGAAGCAAAAAAUACUAGAUUUGAUAUCUAGAUCAAAGAGUGGAAUUGCAUUAAUAACAGAUACAAUACAAAAACAAACACAACGAAAGGCAGAAAUCGAAAGCUAUCAGCUACUUUUGAUUGAAGUUGAAGCUUGGUUAAGGGAUAUAGAUUUGAAUGAUGUAAUCACUUCAAAUGACGACGAAGCAAAUGCAAUUGAAAAUAUAAACAGAUGUCAGACUGACAUUAAAGAGCUAAUAAAAAAACAGAAAACAUUGGCUGCAAUUAAGGCAAAAUGUGACAGCUUAAGUGAUUACGAGGACAUUAAAAUUUUGAACACAGCACUAUCAAACCAAUUGGCACAUACAAUCGAAGUUAUUCGUCUACAGUUAAAUAAGUCAAAUGAAAAACUUCAGAUAUUGAAAACACAUUUAAUUGAGUUACGUAGAAAAACUUCUCAUGCAUUGUCAACUCUAUCUGAGCCCACAAUUGAUUCAAGCGCUUCAAUGCCAGAACAUGCUGAACCAUCUCAAUUGAUGAAUCCACAUUCAAAUGAAGUUGAAACACAAACUAGUGAAAGUCUACAAGUUCAAUUCAAACCACCUAUGAUCGAAAGCGCUGCACAGACCAUUAGAGACACAAAGUCAACAGAAAACAUUUGCGUGACACAGACACAGUCUGAAGGACAUGAAACGAUUAAAAUCGAAUCUACUCCCAAUCCACGUACAACUAAUGAACACAUGGAAGACGUUUUUGUAGACGCAAGAUAUAAGCAGCCAGGCGAAGAAAUGAAGAAAUCAACCGAAUUAAUAUUACGUAAUGUACCGCAAACAGCAGCAUUCGAGACGACAUUUGUUGAACCAGAUAAUACAACAACGGAGGUAGUAGUUGACGCAGAUGGUAGAAAACAAAUUAUCGUACGAAAAGUAACACGAACGUUGAUUCAACAUCAGAAAGUUGAGCAGAAACAUCAACUAACAAAAAUAUCGUCGGUUGUUGGACCAAACAAUGAGCCCAUUGAACAGAGUGUUUCUCAAACGAGUACAGAAAAACAAUCAGUCAUUAGUAGCAUCGCAGAUGAUAACGGAUCGACAACAACAAAAAUAACAAAAUCUAAAGCAGAACAUACUCUCGGUGAUUCAGCAGAUAGUUUAGUUGUACAAGCAGUGGUAGAAAAUCCAGCUACUACAGAGGAAAUAGUUAUAUCAAAUGUACCUCUAACACAACAAUCACAUGAUCUGGAUAGAAAUAUACCUUUGAAGCAAUCUUGUGUUCAAACCAUUACGCAUCAUUUGACACAGCGUAUAAUUCGACGUAAGAAAAAAAUUAUUCGUAAAGUGACUAUAGUUAAUGGUGUCGAACAUGUAACUGAGGAGGUAAUUGAAGAACCAGAAGAAGUUGAAAUUACCGAAGAUCAAGCACCAGGCGUUAAAAUAAAUGUAAUGCAAAUGAUUGAUAGUCAAGAUGUUUCUCUGCCAAUCGUUGAAUUACCAGCUGACGAUGAAGAUACUAUACGACCAGAUGAGGAAAUUGUAAAUGAACCAAUGGAACCGGUAAUAAUUUGUGAAAAUAAAGAAAUGGAAAGACAAAAUAAAGGUAAAAAAGAACGUGAGCCUAAAAACGUUGAAGAAGAUGAUGAAGAAAAAGACUCUCAGGUAUUCACUGAUUUUGAACAACCCGCACAAGUAGAUUUGGUUGACAAUGCACAAGUAGAUGCUGAUUUGACAAUCACGGCUAUAAGUGAUGUAAACUUGGUUAACCUUGCAGCAAAAAAUAUUGAAAUCCAAUCCAGCUCAAACAUAAAACAACUAGGAGAUGAUGAAAUAAUAAAUAUUGACGAAAUAUGGCCAGCAGUUCAGCCAUCUCACAUUUUUGUACCACCUCGUACCUACAUCCAAGACACAAUACAUAAAGAACCAUAUCAUGAUUCUAUUCGUUGUGAAUAUAUAUGGCCUUUCAAUACAAAAACUGGACAUGAAGUAUUAUUAGAAUCAUAUAUUUUUGAGCAACCACCAGUAGUAACUCAACAAACCAAUGAACUUGAGCCAAGUUAUGCAACAGAUUUUAAAUCAGAUAAAGAAAUCUCAAGCACUCAACAAUCCAACAACCAAUUGGAAUCGAAAAUAUCACAACUGGAAAUGGAAAGCUUAUCUUCAAAAAAUAUUGUUGGAAUAAAUCCAGAAAUGCAAUCAUCUGAAUCAGAGAAAUCAUCUCAAGGCACUUAUUCUAUUAAAAUGAAAAAAGAGGACUUAUCAACAUGUUUGGAACAAGAAAUUGGAAUAAUUGAAAAUCUUGAAAAUGAACCACAAGUACAACUAAUCGAACAAGUUCCACAACUUGGAGCUACAAUUGACGAAUUAUCGCUACCAUCCAAAAGUAAUAUCGACCAAACUGAAUCAGAGAAAACAUACUCGAUUGGGAAAAAUAAGCGAAAAAAUAAAAAGAGUAAAAAACCUGACAUUGAGAUCAAAAGUGAAGAAGUAUCAGUACCACAAGCUCCUCCACUGUUGCAGCAAUUUGAAGUGUUCGCGAAAACUGAAGUGACUGAAAACGCGGAACGUAUGACAACUUCUGAAAAAUCAGAUGUGAACUUGAUCAAUAUAGCUGUACCAAAUGAUCCCGUCAUAUUUAUCGAAAAAUGUGACUCACAAAAAAUUGAAGAAAAUUUAGUAAAACCAAAAACAAUAGACAUUCGUUCGGCCACUCAACUUUUCAUUGAUCAUGAGCUUAAUGUUUCAGAUGGAACCACACGGACAGUUAAGUUAAUAAUGUCACCAAAAGAACCAUCAUCGCCUGGUAGUGUUACAGUAAAAAUGAAACUUGACUCGUCCGAGCAACCGAAGUUAAAUGUGAAUUUAGUUGAAGAACGAUUGCAAUCAAUAGAGUCGAGUGAACCAUUGAAUACAGAUCUUAAAACAACGGACUUGCAUAUUAGUGACGACAACACAAUAUCAGAUGAAAUGGAAAUGCCUGAAAUUGAAACAACGCCGAUUUCAUCGAACAACAAUGCAAAACUUAUCACAAGUACUGAACAAGUGUUGAGUCUAAGCUCUGAAGAAUCUUAUAAAUCAAUUUCGAAACUGGAAAAUCCAAUUAAAAUAGUUGAGGAAAGUGUUAUAUCAUCGUCAUCUAGUUCACCAAAACCAUUAACGCCCGACAUUAUAAUAGCUUCAGAAGUCUAUGAAGAAAUUACAGAUGUUGCACAAACUACAGAUGCUGAACAACAAACCGAUUUAUUAUUUGAAAAUAUCGCAAGUGAACAGAUAAUUGUCCAAAAGCAAGUUGAUUCAAGGUCAAUGCAAACCACACCAGAACAGAAAAAAGAAUUGAUCGAUGAAAAACUACAGACUUCCCCGAUAAAACAAGAGGUAAUCACAAAUGACAUCGAAGCGCAAACUAGCCCAGUUGUAUUUGCAUUCGAUGAUGACAUCAAAUCUGUAAAGCCAACUCAAAGUAUAUGUGAAGAGGUACAAACGGAAAGCAUACCCAAAGUAGAGAAAUCUAUGCAAGUGGAGCUGUCUGUUAGAGACGAAAGUUUGCAAACUUCACCACGUAAUGAAGAUUUAGGAAGUGCGGAAAUUGUACCACAUGUAACCGAUAACCUUGUAUCUGACAUUAUUCAUGAUCUUCCGAUUAAAUUAUCAACUGAAACACAGGGAACAUCAACUAGCAUUACUGAAACUAUUGAACAGGUCACUCAAACGUCACCACGUAUUGUAGAUAUAUCACCGGAAGUUGAAACGUCUAGUGAUGAGCCGUACGAAAUCCAUAUCCAAACAUCAUUCAUAGUUCCUGAAGUAGAAAACACGACAACUAUUUCCGAGGGUGAAAUUGCACCUGUAGUCCUCGAAAUUCAAAAAACAUAUGUGAUUGAUGAAACACAACCAGGUCUAGUACGGGAAAUUGAAUCAACAUCUCAUGAAAAUGUGAAAAAACCAAAAUCGAAGAAGAAAAAAAACAAUAAGAAGAAUAUUCAAAUAGAUGAUACGGAAAAGCCAGAUCAAAGUACAGAUAUCAAACAAAAUUUGGUAGAAUCCAUAAAUCCCAAAUAUGCUACGCUACAAAUAACAAAGACAACAGUUUAUAAUACAUCAAAUGUGAUAAGCAAGGAAGUUCAACCCAACGACGAUUCUUCUGUGACAAUUGGAGACCUAGCUUUAGAUGGGAAUUCCGACGAUAUUCACUUAAAUGAAUCUCAAGGCAGAACUUUGGAAAUACAAGCGCCAAAACCUACAAAUGAUGAAGUAACCAUUUCUGAACAUUCACAAGAAAAGCUUUUGCUACAUACAAAUCAAGUUAUUGCUGAACGCAUAAAAAACACACUAAAUGUUCAAAAUGUGCACUUGGGCACAAUGUUAACAUCAGUUGUAACACCAGAGUCAAUAAGACAACAUACACAGUUGAUAGAAAAUAACAUGUCUAAAAUACAAAAUGCAAAAAAUGCGGAAGGUACUGUGGAAAUUCGCGAAACUAUAAUUCACAUAAUUGAGGAGAUAUCAAUAUGGCUAGAAAAGAUUGAGCAUCGAGUAUAUUUAAACCGUCAAAAUUCAAGUGAGGGACCAACUGAACAAAAAGUUCAAGAGCAUUGCAAACUGCUAAGUGAAUUAGAUCACAUUUCAGCAACCAUUAAAAAUCUUUCCAAACAUCUUGAUAAAACUGUAAAAAUAAAUGAUCCAAACGAACGAGUUCAGAUGCAGAACUGCUUGAAAAAUCUAAAGCAACAAGUGAAUGCUGUGUCAAAUAUAACAAAAGAGAGCAGUAAUGAGGUUUACAACGAUUUGAAUCGACUGAAAGAAUUUAUUGAGCUCGUUGAAUCGAUCCAAACAAAAAUUUCUGAAUCACAAAAUCGAUUCGAAUCUAUACAAGCAACUGAAGAUGAUGAUACUGUAAUAAGCAAACGUUUAGAGAAUUUAGAUAAUCUAGAUCUUUUGCUUGCAUCGCAUAUGGAUGAAAUUUCAUGUGCAAUGCAAAAUGCGCGUGAAAUAAUACGUGAUUUUCCAAAUGUUUCGUUGCCAAUCGAUAUCUAUUCACUUUACGAAAAUGCAAGGAAUUUUGAAAAUGCCAUAAUACUCGAAAAAAAUCGAUUAUUACAAUUACAAGAUUUAUCCGAAGAAUAUGUACAAACUCUCAACCAAUUCGCACAAAUAAUCGUACUCACGGAAUCGCUUGUUGAUCAACCAAUUAGUGCAAGUAGUUUCGACGAGUUACAACAAGAAAUGCAAAAACAUCGUAAAUGCUUUGUUAAUUUGAGCCAUUGCCGAAUGAUUUUACAAUCCUUGGGACAAAAUAUCGAUAGUGAAUCUCGAAAAAAGCAUGAAGCAUUGCACAUGUCAUUAACAGAUAAAGCCGCACAAAUAUUGGAAAAGGCGUCUGAACGAGCACAACGGAUUUCUUUGGCGGCUUCACGAUGGACAGUAUUAGAAAAAAGCUUGGCCGAUGAAAAACAGUGGCUACAAGUGGCACAACAACGUGUUCCAGACUUAUCAGAGGUUUCAACUGUUGAUCAUGAACGUUAUAUUACAAUGUAUAGAUCAAUUUCCACUGAUAUCAAUCAACAUCAUGCACGAAUUGUACAUUUAACCAACCUUUCCACUCAACUACAAGAUUCAAUUAGUGCCCCCAAACUUCAAGAAGAAGCAAACGAUUGUUUAGCUGGACUUUUGAAACUCAGAGAAGUUCUCUCAAUAUAUCUAAAACGUCUAUCGAUGUUCCGUGAAUCUUGGACAACAUACGAAACUUUGACAGAUCGACUUGAACAAUGGAUGCUUAGAACUGAACGAGAGUUAGCUCAAAUUGAAAUUCCAUCUGAUUUGCGAUUACAAUCUAGCGAAAACACUAGACACUUUUGGGAAAUUCGUGUGCAUUAUGAAGUAAAUAAUAAAAUUCGAAAACAAAUUGAAAAUUCAUUGGAAAAAUCCAUUGAAAUACUUCCAAUUCGUGAUGAAUUAUUGCAAAGACAAUUUCAUCAACAGUUGGAAGAACGUUGGGCAAAUAUAACCAAUAAAAUUGAAAAAAUUCAAAAUAUAAUCGUCAGUACUUUAUUUGAUGAAAAUAUUCCAAUGGAUGAAAAGUUGGAUAUUUUGAGGCGAGAAUUAAAUGAAGUGCAAUUACUUGCAACAUCUGUAAAAGGAGUGAUUAAGAACGAAGAUGAACUGAAUAUAUACAUCGAACGGAUGCAAGUUUUGAAUAAUCGAUUAAAUAUAGCAUUCAAUGAAUUGGGACGCUUGAGUUUAUUACCUUCGUAUGAUCCUGAGCAGAUUGGAGAAAUUUUUGCCUUGGCUCACAGCAUCAGUACACCUGUCACUAAAGAAAUUGAAGAUGCACAAAAUCUGAAGGAAUUAUUGAUGGCUCUACAAAAUGGAAUCAAAAAGUUACAUCAAUUACAGCAAAACAAUGAUGUUGUCUUAGAUUCUUGUGAAUCAAGCGAAAAAUUGGACCAAGCAAAACUUGAAUUAGCAAUUAAUGAUGCAGAACAUUUAAUAAGCGAAUUGGAAAUUCAGUGGCAGGAAAAUAUGCGAUUGCGACAAAUGCUACACACAUUACCCAUGCGACUUAAAGUUUCUAUAUCACCAAUUAAAUUGGAACGCAAUCUAUCACAGUUACAAGACAAACAUGACAAACAAGAGUCACGCUGUACACACAUUUUGAAUUUGCUGAAAAACCGCCUUGCAUUAUGGCGAAGGUUCGAACGACAAUUGGAAAUUGUGCAACAAACAAACAAUGAAAACGAAUUCAUGAUUGAUCUGUUGAAAUUAAAUGGCCAAAUGGAUUAUGAUCGAUUGAAAAGAACAACUGAGCGAUUAGAGGCAUUGACAGAUAAUGUGAAUGAAAAGCAAUUGGAAGAGUUGCACGUUUCAGCAAAACCAUUAAUUGAAACGUGUAGUCCAGAUAUUAUACACAAAAUCAAUGAAUCUGUCCAUCAAGCUGAAAGUGAAUGGAAAAAUACAAACGAUAACAUACGAAAUUUACGAAAUAAGUACGAACGAGCUCUUGAUUUAUGGAAAAGAUAUAGAAACAGCAGUGAUGUUAUUAAAAAUUGGGCUGCCGAUCGAAUGGGUACUAUUAACGUGAUCAAACCACUAGACACAAGUAUUAUUGAGGCAUGCAAGAGAGACUUAUUAAAACACACUGAGCAAGUAGAGAAUCUACGUAAAAUGGCUUUUGAAAUAGCAACUGAAAUGGAACUGAGUACAUCCGACCUCCUACAAGAUGAAGUUGAUGAAUUGGGUAACCGUCUAGAAAGUGUACGACAAUCUAUUUCACUAUUGGCUGAUAUUGCCGAUGCACGAAGUAACAACGAAAGCGAGUGCAACCAGAACAUUAAAGACGUUAAAGGAAAUUUGAACGAUAUGAAAGCUGCAAUUGACCAACCUGAGGAGUGUGAAUUUGAAGAACGUUUAAUUACACUCCGUUCGCAGCUAUUGGCAUUAGGCCGUACGGAAGGGGAACUGAAUGAAUUAAGAAAUCGUGUGAUUGACAGUACAUCAGAAACAGAAUCAUCAAUUAUUGAAGUAUUAGAACUGUGGCAACAAAUAUUCCGUGACACGUUCCAGCAAUAUCAUCGUUUAUCAACGCGAUUAGUGCAAAGUGAAAAUCGAGCAUCCGCAUUAAACUUGUGGCAUGAUUAUUUGUUACAUGUCCAGCUAUUUCUCUCCGAAGUACUUCCUGAAAAUUAUGUAUGUCUAAAUGAAUAUCGAAAUUUGUGCGAAAUUCAUCAAAAUUGUUUGACCAGUCAACAAGCAAUUUUAUCCACCAGAACCAAAGAUAGUGUCGAUAUUGAUUCAAAUUUGACUGAGAAAUUUCAACAGCUAUUAAAAUUACACAGUGAAACCCUGUUACGCAUUAUUGAUCGACAUUCUGAAAUCGAUCUAAGACUUAAGCUAUGGAAUAAAUAUAAAAAUGAUCAAAGUAAUCUUUUGAUUUGGCUCAAGGAGAAAGAGCGAGAAAAAUCCCGUUUGCAUCUUAGAUAUAUUCAUCCUCAACGAAUACCUCACAUUUUACGAGUUAUACAAAAUAUUUUGGAACAAAUGGAACAUGCGCAGAGCAAUUGUAACGAUUUAAAAUCACAACAAGUUCAAUUAAUUAUUCAUGACAGUGCAAUGAUAACAUCAAUGCGAAUGGAGGUUGGUGCCAUUAUGCAGCGCAUCGAAAAUUUAAAAGCUUCACUAGAAACAUGGAGAGAUUUUCUACAUAGAAUACAAUCUUUGGCUACCACAUACAAUCAAAGGGUUAAUGUGUUACAAUCACAAUUUCAACAAACACAACAUAUAAUUUGCACUGAUUCAAGAGCCACACCGCAAAAUGUAGCUCAAAUCGAGAACACACUAAGUCAAUUGCGUGAUCAAAAGGUCAUAAUCAAUAACUUAACACCGGAAUUAGAAGCCAUCACUGUUAUUCAGGAGGAACUCAAAGAAUGUUUAUAUCCAAGCAACAUAAAAAUCAUUCGACGUACAACACAUGGACUAUGGCAACAGCAGGCUGACCUUGAGCAACAACUAACACAUUUGAUUGCAAAUAUUGAUGAACGUUUGACGAUAUCCGAAACAUUCUUUAGAAAAUAUGAACGAUUUAUACAGUGGAUGGAUGACAUUGGACAUCGUAUGAAUGUACACGACAAUGAAUCUUGUUGCGUAUUGUACGAUUCCGAAGAUCUCUUACGCCGGCUUGAAAAAGAUUUGCAAUCUGAAUUAGCAUUACGUGAGCGAGAAAAGGAUUGGCUGCUUAUAACAGGCCGCGAGUUAUUAACAUUCUAUGCAACGCCUAAUGAUAAUGACAAAUAUCAUCGUGUCGAUAUCAAGAAAAAACUUGAUGUAAUUGUUGAUCGGUGGGAACAAUUAAAAGCCUUAUCAAAAAUGAGAUCAAAUAAAAUACAAGAGCUCAAGAGCACAAUUAUUCGUAUGGAAGAAAAAAUUGCAUCUCUUCGAACAAAGUUGCAUAAUUUCGAUAUAAAAUUGAACAAACCAAUUAGUUUUGAGUCUUCAGAAAAUAUUUCAUUUGAAAAAAUGAUUCGUGAACAUGAAGACCUUCAGCGAUCGAUUGAACAGGAGAGCGCCAAUAUUGGUGAUGUUCUUAAUUUGUGUGAAAUGAUGUUAACUGAUGUGGAGACGUGGAAAUCACAUGUCGAUACAAAUGCACUUCAAAUAGCAAUUGAAUCAAUAGAUCAUAAAUGGAAACAUAUUUGCAAUGCAUCAGUUGAACGAAAGCAACGAAUUCAUACAAUUUGGUCAUUAAUUGUGGAUUCUUUAUCAUUAACAAAUGAGUUAAAUUCAUGGACCAGCAAUCAAGAAAAUGAAUUGAAUGAACUAGAGAGAGACAUUGAUAAACUUACAAAAGAUCAAAUAAAUCAGCGUAUAGUAGUACUCGAGAAACAAAUUAAAGAAAUUGAAUACCAGCAACCACAGUUUGAAUGCUUGUCUCAUUCAUAUUCGAAAUUAGUCAAAUCAAAUGGCAUCGACCCAUUAAAUAUUCAAGAGUUAGUAAAUCCAUGUAAAGAAUUGUUAAGCCGUUAUGAUAGAUUGGUACCACGAACUCUCGAUAUAAUAGGUAGAUUAAAUGAAGAUACAAAAGAGCACCAACAGUUCCGUAAUUUACAUGGAAAGUCAGUUGUGGCACUAACUCGAAUCGAUGCAGAAUUAACAAAAACUGAACAUCUCAUAAAAAUGGACCCAGAAGAGAAACUUCAAUCAAUUCGAAUAUUAGAACAUGAAUUGAAACUAUGUGAAAAUGAUUUAGCAUCAGCAGAUGAAUUAGGUUUGAUAAUUAUGCGUAAAUCUAAUCAAAGUGAUGUAGAUGACAUUCAGUGUAUGAUUGACGAAUAUCAAUUACUUUGGAAAGAUGUAAUAACUAGAAUUUCAGUUAUAAAAACCAAAUUGGCAACCACAAUUACUCAAAAUAAACAAUUUGCACAAAAAGAAACGAACACAAGUGCAGUACAAGUCAACACUCUUUCUCGGUCAUUGAAUCGGACUACAUCAAUUACACCGAAAGAUGCAUAUAUACACGAGCUUCAUGCUGCACUUAAAGAGUGUAAUGACAAUUUGGAUGCAUUAGAAAAGGAAAUUAACAAUUCAAAGAGAAAACCAGGCUCACAGGUUGUUCAGAAAUUGUGCUCAAACAGUCAAUCAUCAGUAGAACUAUUACAACAUUUAAGUAAUAUUCUGAUUACUGAAUGUUUUUGUACUGAUGAAGAGGCUUCGGUAGAAGAAGUAGCCAAUAUAGCAGCCAGAUAUGAUGCACUACUAAUAACAUGGAAAUCAAAAGAGCGACAACUUGAAAACAGGUCAUUUACUGCCUCUUACAUUUUUAAUUGCCCACACGAAAGUGGACGUUUGACUUGUCCCUUAUGCUCGGAACGUAACUGGAGUCAAAUUGAUAAUGAUUUAUGGCGUCUUGAACAAUGGCUCCAGUUUGCUGAAGGAACUCAAAAAUUACAAACAACUCCUCCCAAAAAUAUCGAAGCUUUAGAAGAUGUUAUCACUGAUCAUCGUGAAUUUUUGCUCGACUUAGAAAGCCAUAAAUCGAUAGUUAAGUCACUAAAUGUUGUUGGUUCACAUCUCUUUACGCACACCCUCGAUACCGAAAGAGCAAAGCAGUUGCGUGAACGAUUACAAAGUGAUAAUGAUCGUUGGGAAAAUAUUUGUAAGCAAACAGCGAAAUGGCAAGCAUUAUUACAAUCAUCGUUGAUGAGCAAUUCCCAAUUUCAUCAAAUCAUCGAUGAAUUGUGCGAAUGGUUGCAACACACUGAAAGUACCAUUCAUGCAUCUGAACCGGUUGAUUUGACUGUUAAUCGAAGUAUUUUGGAAGCAAAAUUUUCCAAAUUCCGCGAACUACGUAACGAACUUGAGAGGUGUGAGCCACGAGUAAUCGGUCUUCAAGAAGCUGCCGACCAAAUUCUCAAGUCUGAUGAGUCACAAACAUUUGUGUACAAUAGAUUGACAGAUCUUCGUUUGCGUUUACAAUCUUUACGACGAUUAACCGGAGUCUAUAUUGUAAAAUUGGGAGCCGUACUCGGAUAUGACUCAAGUCAGCUGGGCAUCACCUUAACAAGCACUUCCACUGGAACAACACCACUCCAUAUACUUUCACAAGAGCUGUUGGAUACCUACCAAUCUCCGUCACAAAUGGCCUCCGCACAUUCCACACAUAUUAAUGCAAAUGCCGAUGGAAGAUCAGACGAGAUCAAUACAACAACUCUUUCCAGAGGUUAUCGAUUCUUAGGUCGAGUUCUGCGUGCUUCACUUCCAAUACAAGCUUUAAUGCUACUCCUUUUGGGUGUUGCUUCCCUUGUGCCCCACGGUGAUGAUUAUUCCUGCAUUUUCAGCAACAAUUUUGCAUACAGUCUAGAACCGAUGCUACGACACCAGGAACCUCCACCAAUUUAAAAUACGAAAUAAGUAAAUAAAUCAAUAAUUUUUUAAACGAAUUACCGAAUCAAAACGAACGACAUAGCAAUAGCAAAUAUGUAUUUCGAAGCUUACACGAUGUCGAUGCAACACUUCUAAAAAAACGAAUUACUUUUCACGAAAAAAAAAACAUUUGAUAGGAAAUGGAUUAAUUCUAGUUGUUCUCCCAAAUAUUACUAGUGGCAAUCCAGUGAAUAUCAAAAAAAAAUAUACUAUCUACUCUACAAAAGUGAACGAAAAACCAUUAUAUUAUAUAUCUUUGCAAUAUUAUAUUGUUGAAAAAUAACUAAGUAUAAUGGAUCUUUUUCACUAUACCGAUUCGAAAAAUUGCAUAGAAGAAAUUAUUAUUAAUACUAAAUUAGUAAAAUAAACU